CCUGGGCUGCGGGUUCCCUGGUGCUCCGGCGCACUCGACGGUCACGUUCAGCGAUGACGUCGUGAGGGAAGGCACCGUCGCAACUUAUGUUUGUGACCGCGGCUUUGAACUGCUUGGACCUGCUAGGAAAAUAUGCAUCAAUAAUGGCACCUGGUCACCUCCCGGCAUACCUUUUUGUGUGCUGAACGUCGCGGCCGGCAAGGCGCCCAUGCAGUCGUCGGUAGCUGAGGGCGGCAUCCCUCAGAAGGCCGUGGACGGCAGCACCGCGACCGCCUUCACCCCGGGGACGUGUUCCCUGACGGAAGCUGAGGUGGCUCCGUGGUGGUACGUCAACCUCCUUGAGCCCUACAUGGUGCAGCUCGUCAGGCUCGACUUCGGCCAGAACUGCUGCGGUGAUCGCGAGGCAACAAUAGUAGUGCGAGUAGGCAACAACCGACCAGACUUGGGGGUUAACCCCAUCUGCAACAAGUUCAGGGGUCAGCUGCAGGAGGGUCGACCCCUGUUUUAUACCGACCAGGCUUUGCCCAUCGAAAGAUGUCCGUCGUUUAGAGGCCAGCCGCUAGGCAGCACUGCUACCUACAACGGCAAGUGCUACAUCUUCUACAACGACCUCGCUCUCAACUUCGAUGACGCGCUCGAAACGUGCAGAGACAGAGGCGGGUCUCUCAUUGACGAGACUAACCCUGCGCUGCAAGGCUUUCUCAGCUGGGAACUUUGGAUGAGGCAUCGCGGCGAUCCCAAUGGUCAGUACUGGAUGGGAGCGAUACGUAACCCUGAGGAUGCAACAAGCUGGAAGUGGAUCAACGGCCGCGACGUGACCGUGUCUUUCUGGAACCUGCCUGGCGGGGACGAAAACUGCGCCAGGUUUGAUGGCACCAAGGGCUGGCUCUGGUCGGACACUAACUGCUUGGCUGAUCUGCAUUUCAUGUGCCAGCAUCAGCCUCUAACAUGUGGCAAGCCCGAGCAGCCCCCCAACUCCACCAUGGAGCCCCUGGUGUACGUCGUAGGCACGGAGGUCGAGUAUAAGUGUGAUCCCGGACACGUGCUCAUCGGGCCUGCCAAACGUACGUGUCUCAAGUCUGGCUUCUUCGAUGGAGUUCCUCCCAUCUGCAGAUACAUCCAGUGCGGCCACCCAGCUCCCAUCCGUCACGGCCAGUACCAUCUUGUGAACGGUACGCGCCACUACGGCAGCCGUGUGCAGUACUCCUGUGAUGAGGGCUACACGAUGAUAGACCGCGGUCUGCUCACCUGUGAUGAUGAUAAGAGAUGGGACGGCAGGCCACCGCGAUGCAGACCGAACGAUGCACCUAAGCCUUCCCUUGAAGACGAUUUCAGCGAUGAAAGCGUGCAACACACAAAUCGGGUGGACGACAACAUUGCCGAUGGCUCCCACGGGCGCCCGGGGACGGUGAUCCCGUCGCAGCAAGACGACGCCCUCAACGAAGACCUGAUCAACAGCCGCGGUAACGCCGUCGACUCCCCCAAUUAUAAGGGUGCGGGGGCCACCGUAGAGAUGGGCCCUAAAAUGCAAACAGGUGGAAUCAUCGCUCUUGGAGUUUUCGGUGGCGUUGUUCUGUUAUCGGCCAUCGUCACAACGAUUGUGAUUCUUGUCAAAAGAUCUCAAAAUACGUCAUCUAAGAAGUACAUGCGUCGCCAGGACGACGUUACGACGUCUUCGGACGCAUCAAGUUCAGAGGGCAACGGGCUUAAUAAAUACUACAAACGGGCUUGGGAUAACCUGAGAGACAGCAGCGGGGAGCCUGUACAUCCAGGUCGUGAUGUAGAAAAAGCUCACCACCAUCACCAUCGUCGGGGGGAUGAAGGAGAAUUCCGGUCAACACGUUCGGGGACUCAUGAAGGCCUUAGGGAUGAAUCUGAAAUGACUGUGAAUGACGUCGCUGCUAUGUACACCAGACCCGAGAAACGUCGGCACCAUCAUCACCAUCACUCUCACCGACACCAGAGGGAUGUUGAUGACGACCGUCGUGAUCAUGAGUGGAAGGAUCGUCGUAAGUAUUGAGCGCUGCGUAUCCUUCAAAUUGAAGUUAUAAGUUAUCCUUCCUUCGGCUGCAAGUUGUUAAACUCGCGCUCACAGUUUACAUUAUAAAGCAGAGUGUUGUGCAGAACUUUCGGAAAUUUACCGUUGCUAGAAUGGUUGUUUUUAUUUCACUGUGUAACUUACGUCACACACUGCUUCGUAGAUGACGAUGUAUUAUUCUUUUUUAAAGAGUUCCGAAGGCAAUUUAAUAUGAUAUCAUCAUUCACUGCUGAUGGCUGUUUUAUUUAUUUUUUCGAUGAUUUUUAAAAAUCUCGAUUGUUUUGUUGAAGACUCUUUAGUUGUUGAAAAAUUUGACGUAGGCUACGAGUGUAUAGAUUUUCUCAGGUGUUAACCAGACUUAAGAAAUUUGAAUGUGAACAGGACUAUUUUAUUGGAACUAAUUUAAAUAUACUGUAGUGAUUCUAUGAAAAUUUUGACAACCGAGAACAAGAUUAUAGCGUCUCGAGUGAUGCCUUCACUAUGGAUGGAGCUGUCCUUUUAUAAUAAGCACUUGUAAGUAUUUCUAACUUGAGUGUCCAUGCAAGCUGAGAAGUUAAUGAAUAAUAAUGAAUAAUAAUGAAUAUCAUAGAAUAUAUAAUGGAAGUUUCUCCAUUACGUCUAUGCCGUCAUCGUUUAAAUCGUGCGGGAUUUUUAUUAUUUCUGUUCCUCAAUCGAUUUCAUGUUUUUCACGAUACUAGAGAGCCUUAAAGACUUGUAGCUCAUAUAUUUAAAUAUUUUUUUAAUCGGAAUUCGGUUUAUAUAAAUCGUUUUAGAUUUUUCUAAUUCGUCGUUUAUACUGAGGAUCAUAGAAAUAUAAAUAUACAUAUAUAUAUAUUUUUGCGCGAGAAUAUUAAGCUUACCUGUAAAGCCUUUUGGUAAUUCUAAUGAAACAUGUGCGACUUGAGGUUAGAAAACUUAACGUAGGAAAGGUUUUAAUGUGUACAUUAAAAUUAAUAUAAUUAAAUUAUGUACAUUUAAUGUGAAACGCUCCAAAAUGAAAUCGAACGAAAGACCAAGACUUAUCAUAAAUUUUUUGAAACUGAAAAUUUAUGAUGCAUUUAAUUAAUUAACUGUCCAGCGUAAUUCAGUGCAAUUAUUGUUACUUUAAUCGAGGAAAUUUUUAUCAGUAGACAUUUACUGCAAAUGUGCAACAUAGCCAAAGUUAUUUUCAUCUUAACCCUCAAUUGAAUCAGUGUUAGUAUGGUGAAUGUCUAAUUUUUAUUAGUCCUUUGAUUUUAUAGCAAUUUUCUUAUAUCAUUUCAUAAAAGUAAUCAUUUUAAUUUUUUUAGGCUAGGGGUUUCUCGGAAACAAUGCUAUGUUCCGCAACAUUAAAUUCAGGUAAAGAUAUUUGAACAAUUACCCUGUCUUGACUUAAACUGUCAUAUGAGUGCUAUUAUUUAGUAUACUCGCAUUAUCCUCGCUAUGCUUUAUUUGGAAAUUUUAUUAUCAUAGGUAGACAAAAUAUUGUUCGUUUUAUAUUCUAGAUUAUUUCUACAUACCGGCUUGUACAUAAUAGAAUAGACGAUACAUUUAAGUUAACUUUAUUUCUGUAAUUUUGCCCUAGAAUAUUGUAGAAUAUUUCCCUCUUAUAAUAGUUCGGUAACUAAAUAUUGGAUGAGACGUGAACUUUGUAUUUACUUUUGCAAAGCCUCUUAGAUGAAUUAAUGUUGUUUUAUAUAAUGUAUGAAUCUGAGUCAACACAGCUUCAUUCACUCAUCAUCUGAAAUUGACAACUUGAAAUUCGAUUAAAAUUCGAAUUGUUUUCAAAUAGUUAUAAUGCGUUAUUUUAGUGAAAAUGCUCGCAACAUCUGCACCAUGAAUUUAUCCGCAUUUUACGUGUUAAAUCAAAAUUGAACAACGAGAGCAACGAAAAGUGUCUUGUCUUGAGCCUCAAAAAAUAUCAGAAAAUCAUUAUUAAUCAUUAAUGAAUGGCAUUAAUCACUUAGUUUAUGGAUUAAAUUCUCGAUUAAAUUUGUAUUAGUAAGUAAAAUGAGUAUACUUGUGUUUUGAUACGCACAUUCUCAUUUUGAUAUCUUUUCAUUAAAAGGUUGCGAUCGAUGUAUUUAACUAUCAAUAAUAAUGUACGUCCGUGUGGCCCCAAAAAAGAACGUAAAAUUUUGUCUCGGUGUUUCUUUAAACUGAUCAAAAAGUAAGAGGGUUACUUCGAUUAUCAUGAAUCCUUACGUAUUUUAAACAGAUCAAUUAACAUUCAUUCUUCCUAUAUCGUACCCAAGAUACCUAUUUACCAUGCAUCAUCCCCUUGCAUCAUCCCCUUGCAUCAUCCCCUUGCAUCAUCAUUUGCCCCCUUUUCCAUGCAUCAUCAAAUACCAGAAUUAAAUCUCGUUCUCCGAGUUAAUCCUUGUCCAUAUUCAUCCUUAACCUAGAUUUAUACAUAAAUGACAUCCCUUCCAACUGAACUAACCUUAAAAUACUUCCCUUCAAUGAAUACCUGGUAUUUUAUCCCUUUUCCCCGUGUUACCUGCCUGACUUCACACAUAUAUAAUGAAUAACUAAAAUAAUGUCCAAUUUAUAUCUAACAGCGUUAUCCCUUAUUUAUUGCAUUGAUUGUUCAUAUCUCUUCCGUGUCCGCGAUGUGAUGUAAAAAAAACGUACAAA